AUGUUCAAUUUGAAUCGUGUUAACGUGUCGAAAAUUGAUGCCCUAACUCUCAUCCCUACUCUUAUCAAACAUACCAUUAAAGUCAACAAAGUGGAUGCUCACCAAAAUGGGAGAAGCAAUCACAAGAACCCCAACAAACAGGCUUGCAAUGUUCCUGGGUCAAAUAAAGGGAUAGGAUUUGAGAUCUGUAAACAGUUGGCCACUAAUGGGUUGACUCUGGUGUUAACUGCUAGAAAUGAGAAUAGGGGAAUUGCAGCUCUUGAAAAACUCAAAAGGGUUUGGUCACUUCCCUUGCUAAAUUCAUUAAAACCAAAGUCGGAAAGCUUGAUAUCUUGCCGGAGACCCCAAGAGCCAGGAGAGCCUAUAAAGUUCUUGCCUCCCUCUUGGAUUGUCUUUGCUCUUGACGGAAAUAAUGCUAAUGAUUUUGGUCGUGGGACUACGCUGGAGAGUUGUGAUACUGAAAGCCUUAUGGAAGAGAGAGUGGACGAGAUACUGAACGAGUUUAUGAAAGGCUUCAAAGAGGGUUCGAUUUCUGCCAAAGGCGGCCCUGUUUGCUAUUCAGCAUAUUUCGUAUCAAAAGCAGCCUUCAAUGCCUACACAAGGAUUGCUGCCAAGAAGUACCACACUGUCUGCAUCAACUGUGUCGAUCCUGGCUUCAUCAACACAGAGUUCAACUACAACACUGGCAUAUUGGCUGUCCAAGAAGGCACUGCCACCCCCUGUCAGAGUAGCACUGAUUCCCCAUGGUGGACCUUCUGGUGUCUUCUAUGCUGAGAAGGAAAUAACAUCUUUCGUAUGAAAAUAAUGCACUACAGUCCCACUGAUGAAGAUGAAACUGCUUCCAUAUGACUAUGGUUACGUAUCUGUGCACUGUGAGCAGCAUAAAAUAAUGACUGUAGAGUGAUUUGGAUGAGUGAAGUUUCAUUCCUAAUGAUUG